GUGCUUUAAAAGGCAAUGCCAUUUUCCAUUUUAACUCAUCACUUGAACUCGGUCCGCAAAAAAGAAUUAAGAGACCAUGGAGGUUCCCUUUUUCCCAACCCUUUUCUCAUGUGUUAGAAAUUUGGUAGUGAAACAACCCUUAUUUCCAGUAUUGGAGGAAUGGCUGGUGAACCAUCCCAAAAUCCAUGAGUUCUCAUGGAACAAUGGCAAAACCCCAGGCUCAUCCCAACGCUUUUUAACGCUCACGGUUUUGUCUUACAUCUCCUUCACCUUCAUCUUGUCCCAAGUAUCUCGUCCUUCACUUGCACGUCCAGUCCUGAAAUCAAUCUCAGCCGUUCACAACAUCUUUCUGGUGAUACUCUCUUUCAUCAUGGCCCUUGGUUGUUUGGUGUCCAUCUUUUCCCAGGUGCCUAACUUCAAGACCCUGGUUUGUUUCCCUAAGCGAACUUCACCGUCCGGACCUCUCUUUUUCUGGGGCUACAUAUUUUACCUCUCCAAGAUCGUUGAAUUCAUGGACACCCUUUUGAUCAUCCUCGGGAAAUCCAUGAAACGCCUCUCGUUCCUCCACGUCUACCACCACUCCAUGGUGGUGGUCAUGUCGUACGUCUGCGUCGACAGUGCUCAAUCGUCUUUCUCGAUGGUGCUCGUCACCAACUGCGCCGUGCAUGUCGUCAUGUACGCUUACUACUUGAUGUGCACACUCGGGGUUCACCCCAAGUGGAAGAAAAUGGUCACCGAUUGCCAACUGGUGCAGUUUUGGGCUAGCUUCCUCAUAAUGGCAAUGCUUGUGUUCUACCAUUUCACAGGCUCUGGCUGCUCUGGGAUUUUGAGUUGGUGCUUCAAUGCAGCCUUCAUCGUUUCUCUUCUGUUCUUGUUCUCAGACUUUCAUGCUAAGAAUUACUCCACCAAGGUCAAGCCCAAGUAUGCCUGAAUUUUUACCUUUCUAAAGCUUUUUGA